AUGGAUAUUUCUGAGGAGAAUCGUGCAUCCAAUUCUCCAUCCAUCACUUGUCCAUCAUGCAGGAUCAGCAUUGUGCCAUCGAGGGCCAGAACCAUGUGCCCCUUCUGUGGCAGCUUCUAUAACCGGGCUGCGAAUAAUGAUGUCUCUUUGAGAAGAAGAAGCAGCGAUGAGCCAGUCCGGCUACCUCAGUUAGUGGAUAAUGUUAAUGCGCUGCUCUCUAUUUUGUAUUUGUGCUCCAGUGAUAUUUAUGCUCUCAUAAACUAUGUUGGAUUUGCUACUUGGCUAGCCAUUGGAUUAGCCGUACUGUGUCUUCCUUACUUGAGGUGGAAACAGCCGAAUCUUCCUCGACCAAUAAGAGUAAAUCUGAUAUUUCCUAUAAUAUAUAUCAUUGCUUCCAUUUUCAUCACAGUCGUUCCAAUGAUGGCUGAUCCCGUGGGAACAGGUUUUGGAGCCCUAAUAAUUGCAACGGGAAUUCCAGUCUACCUCAUAUUCGUUUAUUGGGAAAAUAAACCAAAAGCUAUAAGAGGAUUUUUUGAUUCCAUGACGUUUACCCUGCAAAAACUACUUGUGGUUGUACCUUCUGAAAAAAGCGCAUGAUACAAGAUGUCAUUAUUUCUCAAUGUCAUUUAACUCUUUGCUCACAAUGUAUAACUUUUGCGAAGAACUAUUCAAUAUGACUUUUGAAACUACAUUUGUGAAUACAGCAGCUUUGUUACGAAUUUAAAUAUAUAGAUGCGUUAUAUAUUCUAUAUAUAUUCUAUUACUGAAUAAUGUGUAGAGAAACGCAUCUAAUAAGUAUAUUUUAUCUGACAUUUUAUAAACUAUUGCCUUUAACUAAAGCUAAAAGUGCAAACGAUGUUUAAUUUUUAAAAUUUUACCCAAGCAUGCCAUAUACAUUGCUUUUUACUGAAAAUGCAAAAGCUUAGAAUGUUUUAUUAAUUUAUAGUUUUACCUUUUUUGUGUUAUACAUCCAAACAUGCAAAGACUAAAUUGAGAUCUUAAAAUUUUACUUUGGUUUUAUACAAGCUCCUUAAAAACGUCCUAUUUAGUGUGUUCAUCUUAUUUCAAACUUUUCAACGAAGCUUCUUAUUGCAACUGAAGCUUGAUCAUUUAAAAUAUUUGAACAAUUUUAAAUAUUUUUUAAUGAUAUUAUUGAUACUGGCAGCUUCUUUUUACACCCCAGUACUGUUGAACACGCAGUCUUGUAUGUAUAUGUUUAAGAUACAUAUCAAGUCGGUCUAUAAUAGUCUGAUUUUCUUGCUAGUUUGCAUUCAAAUUUUUAUUAAUUUAUAUCAAUCAUAUAUAAAAUAUAGAUGAACUCCAUGCACAACUUGUGACCUAGACGAUCAUUCCAAUUGAUGGAAAUGCUCCCUAUGCCGAAAUUUUUAUUAACUGAUGAUUACCUAUGAUGAUUAAUAAUAAUAGUUCUAUAAUAUGCACCAUUUAUAUGAUGUAUGCUAUAUUUUUGAAAUUUUUAUAACAGUAGAACAGCGUUCAGAAUGUAAAAACAUCUCUACUGCCAAAACUCACACAUUGAAAGAGAGCCUAAUUUAUGCAUUAAUAGCUUGAGUAGUUAACUUUCAUAUUCGAUACACUUACAGUAACGCGCAGAUAUCCAUGUUUACUCAGAUGGACCAAUUUUUAAUGUCAAAAUGAUUUUUUUAUUGAAUAAUAAAAUUAAAAAAUCAUACCAUUUGUAUUGAAUGUGUUUGAAGCAGUUUUGAGUGCUCUUCAUAAAUAAAUACACAUAUCAGCGUUUUCCUUCUCUUUUAUUUGUUUUUAAUAAUCUUUAUUCUCAUAAAAAAUCUACAAAAUAUGAUUUUCCUGAAGAAUACAAAUGAGGCAGUGAGAAGCAAAGGGAGGUAAGUGGCAAAAUUAAAAAUUUGGAAAUAACCAGCACACAUGGUAGGUGAACCUCUCCUCUGUCUUGAGGCAAGAGAUGGUACUAGUAGCCCUGGUAGUUACUGCUAUACAGCGUGAUUUAGAAAAAAAAUUCAAUGAAAGCCUACCUAGGAUGUUAUCUUUAAACGUAUUUUACUCACAACUUGAAAAUGUCCACUUACAUCCCUUUGCUUCUCACUACCUCAAAUGUUUCUUGUUAAAUUAUGAAUUACAGAGAUUUUUUUAAAAAAUAAAAUUCAAUUUACUAUUUAUUGAAUAGGCAUCUCCUUAUUUUUCCCUUACAUAUAUUUAUUGUUUUUAAAUUGCAAUAUUUUAUUUUUAGAUAUAUCAUAGAAAGUUUUGUAUCAUGUUUUCGAAAGAAAAAAAAAAACAAUCAAUCAAUCAAGUAGAUGUUAUUUGAAUUGUCUGCGCAUGUAAAGUUAUUCAUUGUAUCAUUUGCCAUAUGAAUAUAGAAGCCCAAGACUGACAUUUUUUUUGGUGCAGUACAUUCCAGGAAAAAAAAAUUGACGCGUUUUCUUUCUGCGAACUAUGGUGAAAUUAGGUUGACGUUUUAGCAUGUGGUUAAAGAUUUUUAAGACACUUAACAAAAUUUUUUAGAGAAACAGACGUCCAAUCUUUUUAUAUUAAUCAUGUAACUUCCGUUGUUGAAGAUAAUCAUCUCGUAUUUUUGUUAAACUUGUGGCAAUCACACUAAUUUUCAAAAUAAUUGUUACAUGAAUUAUUAUUUCAAAUUUUAUAUUAUUAUUGUUGUAUUUAUUUAUUUUUAUAACUUUUCCUUUCGGUAUUCGACCUCGUUAUUGCCAAUAAAAUGAUGGUCAUUUUUAUGCAACCAACAUUUCCCCUAUCGCAAAAACAAUAGCUCGUUCAACUAUCAGCAGAUGGCUCCGCCACUCAACUGCAGCUCCUGAGUUCAGAUACGAAGCUGAAAGGGAGAGAAAUUGUCUCUGUAGCCGUAGUAAUUGCUCAAUGACUGAUACAAAUGACUUUCAGGCACAGAGAUUUAGCAAACACUGCUUUGCAUGUAGUCGGUGGGUCUCUAUAGCCUUGGGCAUUGAACCCACGAUUUUCUCUGAAUCUCAAAAUCAUGUAACCAGAUAUACUUCACAGAAUUUUCACCCUGUUGGAUUUAAGUGAUUCCGUGUAAUUUUAGUAUGAUGUUAAAAUUUUUUGUUUUGUUUUAAGUUCCUGAAAAAUAUAUUUCAUGUUCACAAUCAUUCAUAUUGUAUGCUGUUUUAAGUUUACGUUAAAAGUAUGCAAAUUACAGCUGUUAUUGGAUGCCAAAAUUUAUAUCAAAAUCUUUUCUAUGCUUCUCAUGUAGCUUUGGAAUUUUGCUAAUAAAAGUAUUAUACUGAU